GAACUCUUUUGAUUUUGUUCGUUUUUAAUUUUUUUGGGUAAAUUUUUGAUUUUGUUCGUUGAGGUAAGCAAAAGCUACCAUUCUCUCCUGGAACGUAAGCAGAUGCAACCGGUGCCUGGCGGUGGUGGCAGCUCCGGUGGUGGUGGUGGUGGUGGUGGUGGUGGUGAACUGAGUCGAGGUGGACUCACCCGGUUCCGUUCAGUUCCAGCCACCUGGUUAGACGCACUUUUUGAGGAAGACGAAGAGGACCCUUUAAAGCCCAACCAGUGUUUGACUCAGCUUCUCACUUCCCCUACUGUCACGCCUGCAACUCGUAAUUCGGGGCCGUUUGCUACCUCCGCAGCCGAUCCGGGACUGUUCGAACCAUCUGGUUUUCAGAGGCAGAACAGUUCUCCAGCUAAUCUUAUUGGGAAUUCUGAUGGGUACUUCUCUAACUAUGGAAUUCCGUCGAAUUAUGAGUAUUUAUCUCAAGGUGUCGAUGUUUCUUCCCCAAAUAAGCGGUCGAGGGAGGCCGAUACUCAACACCCAUCUGCAAAGUUUCAGUCUCAGUUGAAAGGUGAGCAAAGUGGAACAUCAAAUUUGAUGGAUGUGGAUAUGGAAAGGAUUUUGGAGGAUUCAGUACCUUGUAGGAUUCGUGCCAAGCGGGGUUGUGCUACACAUCCUCGAAGUAUUGCAGAGAGGGUUCGGAGAACACGAAUAAGUGACCGCAUCAGAAAGCUUCAGGAGCUUGUGCCAAACAUGGAUAAGCAAACAAAUACUGCAGAUAUGCUAGAAGAGGCAGUGGAAUAUGUUAAACAUCUUCAAAGGCAGAUUGAGGAACUUAGAGAGCAUCAAAGGAAAUGCCAAUGCAAAGCUAAAGGAUUGGAAGAAGGUACCUAAAACUAAAAGUGCCUACCCACCACUCAAUGUAAUUAUCGGAUUUGUAGUCAUCCAAUCAGGUUCAUUGUGGUUGCUUUAUGAUAAAGUUCUCCUGAAGAUUCACAUUUCAAUCACAAGACUCACCAUCUACUAUGUUGCAUCCUUCUUCAAUAUUGAAGUGAUGGCUACUCAUGAAGUUACUGAUAAACAUAGAGUUCAUGAUAAGGACUUCCAAUUCAGUUUUGCUAGUUCUCUUCCUCAGAGGUGCUUGUUGUUUACCUGUACAAUAUUGUAGACAAUAAUAUUUAUCUCUUUAAGUGCUACUUUGCUAGUUUUUCUAAUUAAGAUAUUUGUUUCCCUUGAUUCUUGCUGUGUACCCCAUUGUAUCCUAGUCCUCCAUUAACAUUUUAAGUAGUUAUUUGAUCAAUAAAAAUCUCUGCUGGAG